UUGAGGGUUUGGAAUAAUGGAGUUAGCAGUUUGUUUGGUGCUAAAAUGUUUGUAAUUUGUAUGGUUAUGUGGUAUUUUGGGUAUACAUUAUAAAACAGGUCUGAUAAUUUCAUUUAUUUGGCCAUGGUUGUAAUGUAUAAUAUUUCCUUGCUUCGAUACGAAGUCGGCUAUUUCUCCUUCUUCCAAGGUUCUGAUUCCAAUCAAAUCUUUUUUGUACACUUAUGUAUCGAACCUCGACACAAUGUUGUAGUCGGGUGAGUACAUGCCCACCAUGAUGACUCUCUUGGGAUAAUCGUGGUGUCUUGCUCCCAUUUCACAAAUCUUGCAUGUUUGAAGGCGAGCCAGAGGUCUUUUCUGUUCUGGUCGAAGUUUCUCUCGUUGUUGGAUUCAGCAAGGAACGUUGAGUGCUUGAGGUAUCCUUGAGGAUCGGCUGGAUCUCUCCAGAAAUCAGCUGGAGCUAUCAAGUAUUGCAUGAAGUUUAAAUAUACAAUUUUUUUGAUGAUCUAGGCUAAUGUAGUUCCGAGCCAUGUUUCUUUAGGAAAGGUAGGAACAAACAAAAAUCCCAUAUGAGGCAUCCAAAAGUAACAAUGCUUUUGAUUGGAUGCUUAAGUUUGCAGCACUCGAUGAUAUAUUUGGAUAUCACAACUCUUUGAGAUACUCCGAGGAUACUCAAAUUGCAAUCCUUCAAGUAUUCAAUUUGAUGAAUUUUAUCACACAAAAUCUUGCCUUGAUAAUGAAUAUUAUAGAACAUCGAUGACAUUUUAGCUUCAGCUCCACUAAAUACUUUGUUGUUUCAAAGUGAAUAUGGAGUUGCUCUUAU